AUGAAUCGUCGGCAGUCAUUGGACAAGCCAGGUGAGCAACAAGGUAUUUUGUCUCCUCCGGGUCCAUUUCUAACACCGAGCCCGUCGCCAUCGAUACCAGCAAGUCCUCGGUUGCAGCCGUCACCUUCGCAGUCACCGUUUUCUCAGCAACAGGAUAUUCUGCUGGUGACCAACAGCACCAUUGGUAAUGUGACUCAGGAGCAAGAUCGCAAAACAGGAGUAGCAGGGCGACGCCAAUCAUUUAGUCAACAACAAUCCGCUCUCGUUCAGCAACAGCAACUGUUGAACAACAGUACCAGCCCAAAUGCCGGAACAGUUGUGUACCGUCCUAGUCCUACGCAGUCUCCUGCGGGGGCUACGACCUACAGCAUCUCGACGACACCUGGAAAUGAGUUCAAUACGACUCUAGUCGGUUCGAACAAUAUUUCACUCAAUAAGAAGGGUCGCAAAUCGUCCUCGGUUAGUGCUAUUCAACAACAGCAUCAGCAACAACACCACCACCUCCUCCCACAGUCACAUGCAGGCCAUGGACAUGGAACAUUGCCCCCCGCCAGUAGCCCGAAAGCGGCGAAAAAAGCAAUGCAACAGAACCAGCAACAACAGAAUCCUUACCAACAGCACCACGCCGCGGUAUCAUUCGUUGGAAGUCCCAUCGCAAGUCCCAGUCCGAUCGCAAGCCCCAACGGUGGUUCGAUACUGCUCACUACCGGUAAUGGAACAGGAGCGAAUGUGGCUGCUGGAUCAACCAGCGCCACUAGCCUGGGUGGCUCGACACAACUGAGGCCACCGACACCACAACCUCUCAUUCAACAGUAUCCUGUUGUGGGCACCGGAAAUCAAAUAGUGCAAAUUUUCCAAGGUUCCCAGUUUGCAAUAACGCAGUCGCAACCUGCGACGGCGACAGCAAUAACACAGCAGCAUCACCAGCUUCAACAGCAGAGCGGGCGCCAUACAACAAUAGUAUCCCAGCCCAGUCCCCAGCAGCAGCAUCAGCUAAACCAAACAAACGUGCAACAGCAUAUACCGCUACAGGCGAUACAAGCGCAGCAGCUUCAUACCAUUCAGCAAUCACCGUCGCAUCAGCAACAGUUCGUACAGCAGCACAUCAUAGCCGCUACUUCCGUUGCAUCCAGUGCGAUACCAUCGACUGCUUCUACUGCCUGUGUUACGUCUGCCGGUGGUUUAGUCCUAACUGGCACUGGACUCCAGAGCUCCCCGUCAGCCGGUACUGGAAGUGGUGGCAAUGUUGCAAAUGUGAAACAUCACAACAAAGGACCACAACAAAUACUUCCAAAGCCUGCAACUGUGACUCCUUCAGUUUCGCCGUCGUCUUCGACAUCAUCGUCAUCUUCUGCUUCUUCUACACCGAUGGCUGUGCAUCAUCAGCAAAGCCCCCUUCAAGCGACGGCAUUUGUUUCAAGUUACGGCACUACCCCAAUCGUACACGGUUCUAAAGCGAUUGUAGCGCAGCCGAAGACGGUCACUUCUGUAUCGCUGCCGACUGUAGUGUCGCAACUGCCGUCUCAGAUACAGGUUUCCCAAGCGGGUACCGUCGUUAGUGCCGGUGGCGCUACCCAAGUGCAUUUUACGACAACAGCGACUCCCCAAUCGCAGGGUUCCGCGCUCAACACGGCGCAAGUACACGGACAAAUGGUUACCACGACAACACAGCCGGCCGGUGCACAACAGCCAGGAGCUCCAUCACAACAGAACGCCACAGCAGCAGCAGCACAAAAUGGGUCCAUCAUUCUACCCACGGGAAACAUUAACGCUCAGCCAUUGCUGCUUAACCAAAUGCCGGUGUUGGUGCAGCAGAAUACACCGCAAGGGGUACAGCUAAUACUGCGUCCGCCAACGCCACAGCUAGCUGCCCCGAGUUUGGUUAUCCACAAUACGAGACCGCAGUUGCAACAGCCUCAACCGCAGCAAGUGCUUCGAAUACUUAACGCAAAUGGGACGAUGCAGUUGGCGACCACACCAACGUUUAUUGUUUCCUCCCAGGGCAAUCUGGUCCAGCAGAACAUAUCCGGACUGAAGACAAACCAGGGUGUACCGUUAACGCAGAUUCAGGGGUUACAGGGACAGAGGCAACCGCAGCAAAUAACAGCCGCCAUUAAUCAACAUCUCUUAAGCCAAGGUGUCGCGCAGAUACAGAAUCUUCAGCUGAACGGAAAUUUAGCUCAGAUACAGAUGCCAAACGGCCUCAAUGGGCAACUGCUCACCACGUCUCUGCCAGCACAAUUCCAACAAGCGAGCGUCGGCAGUUUUGGAAUUCAAAAUCAGAACAUUAACUUGAACCAGCUGGGUAGCGUGAAUUUGCAGCUUGCCACGGGGCCUGGAGGUGCAACGUUUGUGUCACCUUCUUCCACGCCAGGAGCUACCCCAGGAUCAGCACCGACUGGGGAAAUCGUUGUAAACGCUCAAAACAUUCAAUUUACCGCGGCUCCCGGAACAGCACCCAACACAAUUACUGUCAACGCUCAGGGCACACCACAAGCGCAACAAACUCAAGUUUCACAACAGCAACAGCAGCAUCAGGCAGGUGGUCAGCAAAUUUUGACUGCCUCAUCGAUAGAUGGGCAGAUUCAAACGGCUCAAAUAAUUCCUACAGUGUCGACCGACGCACUGAGAAACCAUAAUCAUCAUGCCGGCAAUCCAAUCCUAACGACCGCCUCCGGUCAGCAGGUGAUCGUCACCGACGGUAUAAAGGCACAGAUUCAUGCACAAGCUAUUUCGGCGCAACAGCAACAAAUGUUUAAUCAUCAAAACGCAAACCUACAACAGCAACCAAGCGCAUCAGUGUCUAUUCAGCAAUCGAAUCAGCUUCCUGCAGCACCUGCUGCAUUAUCCUUGCCAGCAACAAGAAUAGAGGUGGAGAAACCAAAAAAGGAACGUCGAAAUAAGAAAAAAGUGAAACCAAUACCGCCACCGGUGGCUACGGCAGCACCGAUGAUUCUGCAACAAAGUACGCCAACUGUAAGCCAAGUGCCAAUUCAUACCAGCACUCCAACAGCGACAACGACCGCUACCGAACGAUUAACAUCACCCAACUCUCCUUCGUCGUACAGCAAUACGCACACGCCCACGGGGAAAUUAGACUUGGCAAAUCUGAUGAAAAUUUCUGGUAUCGGCAUCGAUGACGAUGACUUGAUGGAUACAGAUGAACCGCCGCCCUUACUGGCCUCCACUAGCAAUCAUGCAACAGUUGGAGUAGAGUAUCCUUCAAAUAUUGUGAUACAACAUAACGAGUCGUUAAAUGCUAACAGUAGCACUACCGGAGGGACUACAGGACAGCAACAUCCUUUAAAGGAUGCUAUGCCGUCCGUCUCGUUGGUUAGUUCUGGAGGGCAGCCGGUUACUGGUCAGGUACUCGUACAAUCUCAGCAACAACAGCACCAGCAGCAACCUGGUCUAAUGGCAAACCAAUCGGUUGGGGGAGGUGCUGGCAGUGAUAUCAUGAUUACAAUACCUUCCACCGUUGGCUCGGAGAAUGUGGAAUUUCCUUACACAAUAUCGAUACCAACGUCCGGGAUAGAAAGGACACAGGAGAAAAAAGUGUCACCUGACGUCAAUUGUACCACUCCCGCUCACACGAUUGCAGGUGGCACUACUAGUGCUAUGACGGGACAACAACAACAACAACAAGAUGCGCCAUCGUUCAUGAUCACGAUCGAUCCAACAAGCGACUCCAAUUCCGGACAAGCUUCAUACACAGUCUCGUUGCCAAGAUUUGGUACCGGAGCGAAUGAUGAUUCGAAAGUGGUCAACAUUGCCACCGUGGCUCCAACAGCUAGCGUACAAGCUAUUAAUACUACAACGACGUCCUCGAUGGCCACAUCAAAUGCUAGCAGCAGCAUGCAGCAGAACAAUACGAUAUGUGUGAACAGUUUGAUGAAUAACGUUUUAAACAACACGCAAGUAACGCCAACCCUGCAGAGCCAACUCAACGAAAUACAGAAUCAACUGAUCGCCGAAGCACAGCCGCAUCUUGUUCCAUCGUCGAAAUCAUCAAACAUUGUAUCCGCGUCUAUAGUUCCCGCAUCGCAACAUCAACAAAUGUUAACAACAAUGGCACCGCACAGUGGGACAACUGCAUCGGCGUCCUCUGUCGGAACAACGACGACUACGUCCAUUGUGAUAUCCACGAACAGUAGUAAAAUAUUAUCCGUUCCCUCACCUUCUCCGAAGAAGAAAUCGGUCACAAUCGCCAAUAACAAUGUCGGGAGUGCAGCAAUGAAUAAGAAAAAUGGGAAAAAAUUGGAAAAAUCUUUCGACACGAUUGGUACGACCAGUGUGGUGCCAACGCAAAUAGGAAAUAUUCAAAUUUCACAAGUGGACGGUACAACAGCCAAUCAAAACAAGGCGGUUAAGGGUGGCACCAUCAACAACCAGAUACAGAUUACUCCGAUCAUCGACAGCAAAGUGGUGAACGCAGCGGGCGCACAAUAUCAAAACAUUACUCAAAUGCAGUCCUCGGUCAGUCAACCGCAAUCGACUGUCACACUUCAGAGCCAAAUACAAACUCCGCAGCACCAGCAGAGUCAUACAAUGCAUUCAUCCAUGUGUGGAGGAUCCGUAUCCCAGCAUCAACAGCAGCCGCAACAGUCGCAUGCGAUUCAAUCUGUACCAACUUCGAUCCAAUCGAACGUGAUAGCAGGAGGUGGCGGUGUAGUGUUCACUACACAGCAGCAACAGCCAUCGGUCGUAGCAACACCUACAGUCCAGUUGAAUCAAACGUCCAUCACGCCAACACCAUUGAUACAGCAACCACCACCAGUUCCACCGCCGCCAGUUACAACGGCACAAGGAAUACUUGCGCAGCUGACUGGUAGUUUAAGUUUAUCACUCGCAGAAAAUGGUCAACUCAUUUUAAAGCACGACGUAAAUCAACCGCAAACUCCCGAAUCGCAAACUAUCCUGCAGGCUAUUCUAUCUGGUGCCUUGGGUAAUAUUACGUUGGUAAACGAGCCAUCCAAACCGCAAACCACACUGGCAAACAGUGCCAUACCGGCCAAUAUUGCUCCCAUACAACAACAGCACACUACAGCACCCAUUACACAGCAGCAAACACCAGGGCAUCAUCAGAUCGUCGUGUCGGCACAGCCUUUGCAGCAACAAAACAAAAAUGUUGCCGCUGUUAGUGGACAUGUACAGCAGAAAACACAGGGCACCACAACGGUGACUAUUCAAACUGGUCAUCAACAGCUUCAACUUCAACAACAACAACAGCAACAACAGCAACAACAGCAGCUGCAACAACAUCAGCAACAUCAGCUGCAACAACAUCAGCUGCAUCAGCAGCAACAGCAAAUGCAACAACACCAGCAACAACAGAUCCAGCAACAGCAAUUUUUACAGCAGCAAACGGUCUCGCCAGCCUUUACAUCGCAGUCAUCUACCACAACGCCAACCAUGCAACAACACAUACAGACUGGCAAUAACCAGACUCAUUUGGUGAACACGCAACCGACGCAAACACAAACUCUUAAGCACGUUCGUAAACCAGAAACGAGCAUCGAACCAGUAUUGAACCAUCAACAGUCUUUGCCGGCCCAGUCCCAACAACACCAGCCACAACAAACGGUUUUGGUCAACCCGAAUGCGCCAAAACUUGUAGAGCUACCGAAGGUUGGACCCAAUCAACAGCUGUUCUCCCUCAACACGUUAACUAAUCAGAUUACACAGUUAAGUCCAGGGCAAACAACGGCCGCUCUCGGACCUAUGGAGCGCGUGUUGAUCGUGCCAACCGGAAUCAACGCGCAACAGUUAGCGCAAUGCCUGAUGCAGGGACAAAUUCAUUUCAACAACAUCGGACAAGUGACUCAGUCAAGCGAAACGAGACCAACACCGACGCUAACGCAAUCGCAACAACCCUCUCAAUCAGCUACGUCAUCUACGACGACGGUCCCAAAGGGUAUGGCAGGUUCUCAAACAGCUGUAGAACAGCAACAAACAAUUAAUCAAGCAACGAAAGGGCCACCACAAAUCGUUACUACCCCGGGAGGCAAUACUAUCAACUCGAAGGUAAUAAACAACAGCAGCAAUGUAACGAAUGCAAACAAUGUCGCUACCGCAAAUACCGGAACGAUCGUGAAAGAGAAACCGAAACGCAAUCGGUCGAAAAAACAGGAUAAAGCACAACCAUCGGCCAGCCCUUCGAAGUCGACGGUAAUCAAAAUUAACACCAUGUCUAGUGGUUAUCCACCGAGUGUUGUACUUCAACCUGGCCAACAUGCACAACCAAUACUUGGCGAAAAUGGUACCAAAAUAGGCACCAAAAUAGUUGGUACAGUGAACCCAAACAACUUUGUAACCAGUAGUUUACAACAGCAGCAACAGCACCAACAACAACAGCAGCAGCAGCACCAGCAGCAACUUCAGCAACAGCAUCAACAACAAAUGCAACAAGUCCAACAACCUGUCCAGCCGCCACUGGUCGCACAAGUGCAUCCGCAACAACACCAGCCGCUGAAAACACCUACCACAAUGGCGAUGGUUGUGAAAGGUACGAUUGGAUCAACUACAGUAACUGCAACAAAUUCGGCCAUCAAUAAUGUAACCGUUACUGCGACAGCAGUGAAAAAGGGCAGAGCGAAUGCUACACAACAACAGCCACUUCUAAAUCAAGUACCACAACAGCCAAUGCCUCCGUUGGUUAGUGUAAAUUCAAUGGUCCCAGCCCCGGCAUCGCUUAGCAGUAGCUCCCCGAUGGGUGUUGGAACUCCGACGGUAGUACCGCGGGUACAAACGAUUCAGUUGACUCCUCAGAAGCAGCAACACUUGAAGAACGUGCAACAGCAGAUUCAGCAACUAUCGACCAAACUACAAAACAAGAACCUUCUGUCAUCCCUUUUGAUUCCGGCAGAGUUUGAUCCUUCAAAUCCCAUCCAUAACAAACCAUUGCCAUCGAUAAAGAAUUUACAGACGAUGUCGGACAAGGAAAUUUGCAACGUACUGCAACGAUUGUUUAUGGAGCAGCAGAAAAUCUUGUCGACUGGAAAGAUUAUUCCAACCAUCCCAUCGGGACAUACUUUUGCCAGUUCAACGACGCAACAGGCAAUUCCGCCACCACCGACACCGAUCAGUAACAGCCAAAGUCUUAGUGAAACAAUAACAGGUUCUGUUCCUAACGUUGGUGCAGAGCAGAAAUCCCAACAGGCAAUAAUAACACCGAUCACAGUUACUCCUAGCAGUGGUUCGGCCAUCUUUCACGGUGGUGCUGUCACUAGUGGAGCUUCCGUUACUUCGUCCCAGAUGGUUGGCAAACAUGAGCUUCUUGCCCCUCUUUCGACGGCUGCGAGUACUAACAUGAGUGUCCUUACAUCGGGUGCGAUUACAAGCGUUGCGCCAUCCGUGGCUCACUCAUCGAUGUCCAUUACGAUCACAAGCAGUACCUUACCGAUGCAAAGCGUUGGUAGUGUACAGAAGUUUGGAACAAGUGCUAAGCAGACGACAACGAUCAUUCCAAUAACCUCUACACUGCAGCCUCCGACGACUUCGGGGUCCGCAGGUCCGCAGGUUCUUAAAUCGGCGCCGACGACGACGACAGUUGCUUCGGUUACGAAUAAUGCAAGUGUUGCUAAAAACAUCACAGUUCCCGCAGGAACGAUCGUUCCGAAACACAUUACGCUGUCCAGUGGUGGUACGACGCAGGCGAACGCUUCUGUAAUGCCUCCGUUGCAUACGCUUGUGCCAGCGACGCAGCAACAGGUGAAUGUGCCAGGGUCUUUGAUUAACAAGCUUGAAAGCAAUAAUGGCAGUGGAAGUAACGCUUCUAGUGCAAUCAUAAACCAUCAACAAUCGAUUGCCACCAAUCAGAUGACUGCUUCGGUUGCGUUAAACAGCACGAAUCGUUCGAACACUCCCGUUCCGCCGCCACUUGUCGCAACACUUCCCGGUGGUGGUCAGCUGAAAACGUUGGCUGGUGCUGCUGGUCAUGGCAACUCGUCUAUUGUGAUCGUUGGUGGAUCACAUGCCAUUUUGAGUGGAUCUCCUCAAAUGAUCGCACAAACAGCAGCGAGAAUUCAACAGCAGCAGCAGCAGCUGCAACAACAGCAACAACAACAGCAACAACAACAGCAGCAGCAGCAACAACAACAACAACAGAUUCAAGCUCAAGCUGGUAAUGUUCUUCUAACUACUCCAACUUCGGUACCAGGAACUCCGUCAUCCACUUCGUCUCCCGUGAUGGCUGCCGUUGCUCCAUUGCGUACAACUGUAUCAUCGACGUCAUCCCUGGCAACGUCUGCGUUACCACCCCCGUUGGUUCCGUCCAGUGCCAGCAGUAGCAGCACGAUUCCAUUCAGUACCGGUGGUAAUAGCGGGAGCAUCUCUUUGCCGCUUAUUAACGGUACCAGCAGCGCAAUAGUGACUAGUGCCAACACCUCAACUGCAAUGGCACCAAUGGCAUCGUUGGUGUCCUUUCCAACAACAACAACGACGGCAAAUGCUCUAUCAUCGGCCGUUGUGGCUGCUUCGGCUAUGAAUAACAAUUCAAGCACACCGGCCGUCAUCAUCGCCGCUCCUGCGGGUACUUCUCCAUCCACCCCGAUGACGUACAUCACUACAAACGUACCAAAUAGCCCGGCUGUAAAAGUACCCCGUGCAAGUUUGUUCGAAAUCCAAAUACAGAAAGACCAGGAUGCUUGCACGAAACCGGACACGAACACACCGUUCGGUAGCAAACAGGAUGCCAUUAAGCGACUGAUACGCUAUCACUGCAUGUACGAGGAGAAGUGCGAGGAGAAUGAAGACGAAGAAUUACAGUUUGAGACGACGGCCGAAUGGUUCCCGGAAGCGUUCCGAACGAUGCUCAGUCGCUAUCAACGGUUAAUGAUCAAUGAAUCGAUGCGUGAAGUGCGCACCUCGGAACUGAUGUUGGUGAACAAACUCUUCAAGGCAGACAUAACGCAAGAGAUCGAAGAAAUGCAAGAGCAUCUUCGAGAAGCCGAAAUUCUCGCUUUGCCCGCGAAGGAGGGUGCAGAGGACGUAAUAUGUGUAUCAUCGUCGGAUGAAGAGAAACCUAAAUGCAGAGAGCUUGCAUCUGCGCCACACCAAAGCGAAUCUCCGAUUCUGCCGUUAACGCUACCAGAAGAUCCCGGUAACGAUGCGAGUCCAGGCGGUUUGCGCAGACCCGAUUCGUGCAAUUAUGUAUCGGAUUCGUCUAUUUCUGUGAACGGACCAUCAAAUGUGAACGCCAGUCUAACGGAAACUGUACGAUCAAGCUCAUUGAUGUGUCAAUCUUUAGCGAGUAGUGAAACAUCUCUACAGAGCACAUUCCAAAAGACCAAUAGUACUACGACAGUCAUGCAUUCUACGGGGCAGAUACAGUCUGUAGUUGCAAAGCAAGAAAUAGUUACUUUCCAUCGAAAUAACACCAGUCGAAAUAGCACCCCGUGGAGUGAUGUGUUGUUUAAAAAGAAUGUACAGACAGGGACGAAUAGUUACGAUGAUAUAGAAAGUGAAAUUACACCAAGUUUCAUCAUGAAGAAGGCUGACGGUGGCGUUAUGAGUGACGAGAAAAAGCGGGACAGUUCGAACAUCCCGCCGCACGGCUCAUCAUCAGCCAUGGUAACAUCAACAGCCCCACCAACAUUGCGCUAUUUCAAUCAGGUUCACUUGCCAUCGGAACAAAAGAACUGUAUAGCAGAGAAGCCUGACAAUAGUCAACUACAAUCGUCAUGUGAAACUGCUCCAUCCCUUGUAACAACUCAACUCACAUCCGCAAAGCAAUCCGUAGAUCAGAACGAUUCGGCUUAUGAUGAGUGGAUGUGUUUCCCGAAAGAUCUUAACUACUUCACUGGAAGUAGCGAUGGGAAUGGUGCGAAUGAAGUAGAUAGUGCAAGCAUGCGGAUGGGAAGUAACAAUACCAUUCCUAAUCUAGGCAUCGAUCCCACAGGAAGGAGAAAAACAACAGAAGAAGAGAUUCACGAAAUGUUUCAUUCGAACGAUUCCAAGAGUGUCGAUAAACAGUUGGAGCAGCUGUUCAACACAACUGCUGACGAUAAACCAUCGUCUGCAGUAUCUCGGGUCGAUUCGCCAUUGACCGAAUUUCUCAACAACCAUCAGCGAACCACGGGAGUAACAAGCAGUGCGGAAGUGUGUGGAGGUCCUUCGACGAAAAGUGUCGAAACGCGCUUGGAUGCGUUGUUUGGCGGUACCGUUUCCUCUGCUUCCGAACCGAGGGCGUCUGGGAUUAACGAGAAAACGGACGAUAUGAUGGCAUCCCGUCACUGGUCCACUUCCGUGUUUCAAUCAUCACAGGAAGAGGAAGAAUCGACUUCCGAUUCAUUUUUGCACAAAUCUUCAGCCAACAGCUUCGAAGUUCUUCAACAGCAGCAUGCGUCAGGCGGCGGUACACAAAAACGACACUGGACGGGUGCGGUAACGAGUGGUAGUAGUACAGCGGGAAUUGGCUCUACGGCCAGUAUUUUGUAUUCUAAUGAAUCAUCGGAAAAUGAAUCGAUUAGUCCAAGUAAGCGGCAGUGCAUGUCGCUUGGUCGCAAUGAAAAACAGCUUGACGAUAGCAGCAGAGGUAAUGUGAAAAGCGAUGACCAUCGUUGGUUGAUGGAGUGUACCGGAAACAGCGAGCGCUCCAGUACAGCAAAUUCUCAAAUGCAGCCUAUGGGAACGGUCAGCUCGAAUGGUUCGAUACAGAAGCCCGCUCAAGGUAACGAUCACAUUCUUGUAAACAAUGGUAGUAACAACAGCAUUGGUAGCACCGACAUUAAUAUUGGAUGUGGCUCAAUAGUAACUAGUGUUGGCGGUGGUGGUGGUGGUGAUUGUAGAGGAAUUAGUUCUGGUGGGGUUAUAAUUGGUAACUGUCGCAAUGGUUCCAACGGCAAUCCGCUGGUCGGUCAGGUGAAUGGUGAAGAUGACGGGCUGUCGACAGCAACUAACAUUAUCAUGCUGGGUAGGAUGGGCAACAAUAACAACCACAACAAUAAUAACAAUAACAACAUCAAUCAUCAUCAUGAUCAUCAUCAUCAGCACGGAGUGUCCAAACGAACGUCGUGGAACGGUGACAUCUUGCUAGCAUCGGCAACAGCGGAAGAUGUAGAUCAUCAUCAUGGGAGUGUGCUAGAUAUGCUCGAAACUAAUCUUAGCCUAAGCCUAAAUAAUCUUAACAGCAUAUGUAGCUCGGGCUUACUGGACAACGGUGGAGAUCCUAGUGAAACGGAACCACUUUCUCAUCACCAUUCCCACCAUGGACAACAGCCGGAGGAACAACUUCAUCAUCACCAUCAGCAGCAGCAGCAGCAACAGUCACAUCUUUUGCAUCCUAAUCACAUAUCGCACAAUCACAUUUCCCAUAGUUUGCAUCACCAUCACAACCACAACCAUCACCCGCACCCACACCAUCAUAUGCAUCCGGUAGUGGACGGCCCAGCAUCAUCUGGCCCAGCAGAUGCCGUGGUUGGUGUUGGACGGAAGGGAAAUAAGAGUUGUUUCAACGAAACUAACGACAUGAUGCAUGGUGGUGCCUCCAACGCGGGUCCCAUUCCAGGCGACGAUGCAACUAAUAAUCUUAUUCUCUGUGGUGGUGAUGGUGGUAGUAGUAGCACCCGUUUAAGUAGUAACAAUGAUCACAAUAAAAUCACCUAUCUCGAUCGUGAUCUUCUAGGCUUGGACCCUUCUGAACAUCACGCAUCUCAUCAUCAUCACGGUAUUGAUGAAAGCAGUAGAGCGCCGGUGAUCAAUUCCGUGCAUGCCCAUCACCAUCCGCAUAAUGCUGGAUCGGGAGCUGUAAUGAAUGAACCGAUAACGAUAGGAGGUAAAGAUUCAAUCCAUAUGCCACCGGGCAUGAUGGGAGACGAAGAACCAUCGUUCCAUGAGCAUCACCAAGAGCAGCAGCAGCAACAGCAACAGCAACAGCAGCAGCAGCAGCAACAUCACCACCAUCAUCACCAUCAUCAUCAGCACCAUCAGCAAACAAUCCAUGAUCUCCACCAGUUCAAUCACAUCUCAUUCGAUACGAUGGGAAUGCCGAAUUUUGAGGAAGACAUCAACCGACAGGUGCAGAAUGCGAUCGAUAGUAUCUUGAAUCUGCAGAGCAACGAAACGGACGGUUCCUUGCACUACUCGCUCGAUAAUUCCUUCCUUCCCGAUAGUCCACUGUCGAGUGGGUUGGGAAACUCCGUCAAUCCAUCACUCCUAGGUGCGAUGCACCAUCAGCACACGGAGACGCCACUCUCGAACCAUCAUCCAGUGACGCACUUACAGUCCCAUGCUCAGCAACAUGCUCCUCGCCAACAAUCGUCAUCAACAAUGCCGGCUGUCCAGCAGCACGUUGGCAUGAAACGAAAGUAUCCCACUGACUGCCCAUCGCCCAUGGUUGGUGUAUCGCCCGAUGAUGGUAGUCCGAUGGGACCGGGCAGCAGUGGUAGUAGUAACAGUAAUAACAGUACCAUCAGUAGCCUGAGUAACAGCACCACCGGGAGCACCGGAAGUGGCAGCAGUGGUGCUAGUUUGCUCGGUGUGACGAAUCACCACUUUGGUGUGAACGCAACCGAAGGCGAUCCGUUGAAGACGAUCAUAAAAUCUUGACAACUUUCCAUCGCAAGCUAAAUGAUUGAGGAAGAGUGACAGCUGGUAAUCCAGUUUGUCAGUUGUGCCGUGUGCCGGAUGUUUGAUUUCCCACAACAAAUAUUCAUUUGCCUCUGGACAAUGGAGCAAUGGUUUUAGUUCAGGUUAUUACUCUUCUAUAUGUUGAUAUUUUAAAACAAAAUGUGGUAUUUGAAGUGAAAUCGUCAUACUUGUAGAAUGGCAGAGAGCCGAAAAUUUCAAUACUAUAAUAGAUCAAUCAUUUUCAUCCAUAAUCCGAUCGGUUUAAUACUUUUGAGGUGUACAGAACUAUAAACAACAAUCUUCAUUUGUUUUGUUUCGUAGUGUUGAAUCCAAAUUGAACGAACAAAUCGUUAAAUCGUACGUGUACAGUACACGAUUAUAUUGUAAAACAUUUUCAUUUGCUUCGCGGAAGAGUUGUAUAACAUUUUUUAGUUCAGAAAACAUUUAAAAUAGUUUUUUUGCUGCGGAUGUUCACUUGAAUCCCUCAUUUUUUUAACCUGUACCUGAUUUCUUCUGAGGAAAUCACGCUUCGACCUAAACCGACCAGUAACAUCUCAACUUGAAAAGAGUGUUACGAUGAACCGAAUAUCAACUGCCAAGGAAUAACCAAAACGGUGCACUAGCAAUUGGAAAAAUGGGAAAUACAAAGCUUAAAGCAUGGCUUAAACUUUUAACAUUACAAACACGUAAAUCGAUCGCGAAAUUGUACGUAAGCAAAAGCUGAUGGGGGCAGCAGAAAUGAUGAUGUACCGUACACGAACGGUUGAAUAUUUGCGUACGACUGCGAUCACCAGUUGAUCAUUAAAGCGGGCAAUACAGCAAAUAAUGUGCGGCGUUAGUAAGAAAAGUCACCUGAGUGGCGUUAUCGAUAAUAUUGACUUAAGAUGUAAUUUAGCUAAGGUGAAAUUAUUGAUCAUAUAAACUAGUACUUCUUAGCAUACAUUAAAAAAAAAACACACACACAAACACACGUAUGUACAUAAGCUCCCGCCAGAUCGAGCGACAGGAGCACAGAAUGCCGGAUGUAGAACACCUUAUUCUUGUAGUGCGAUGUUUAAGUAGCUUGAACAUUAAUGGAUAUUGAUUGAAUGUAUUGCGAAGAUGGUAGAACGACAACAACAAAAAAAGAGCAGGAGCGUUCUGUGAGUGAGACUCAAACAUUGAAUUGACAGCUGAGUUUUGCUGUUCGAAAGAGCAACGGAAAACAAUUUAUGUUUAUACUGGCCAACCAUGUAACCGUAAACACUAUCCCAAAGCAAAGCGGCACCGUUAACUGUCGGGCUUGAACUGAUGUAACUGGAAUGUUUUUAUCUCUAGACAUAUUUGGGGGAACUACUUUUUAAACGAGAUGAAAUAUCUCACCAUUUUUAAACAAACCCUAGAGACACGGAAAUUGCUAUUGCGCUAUUGGUUUGUUUUUAAGAACGAUUUCUUUUUAAAACUACUAACGGGGGAGAGUGGCCACACACACACACUCACUGGACACAAUAAUCAAAAUCAAUAAUAUAACGGACCAGCGCCCUUUCUCGUCGAUACAUGCUUGCGAAUCAGAAAGUUCCGAAGUGAAAAAGAAUUUACAAACCAUAAACAUGAUAUAACACGAGACAGUGCCCGGGUUGAGGAGAGGAAGAAAAGUUAGCUGUAAAACUAUAUAUCUAUAUAUAUAUAGAGAGAAUAUCCUUUAAAUGGGUGCUUUUCAUUCUCGAAAAGUCUUGAUUACUGGGUGCUUACGGACGAAACUAGGUUACCGGGGGCAAUGCUUCCGAAGAAUUGUAAGCCAAAAAAAAAAGGACAAAAACACUGAUACAGAUACUGAUGCACCGGGCAGCCUUCAGCUGUUUGCGGAAAAAUGAGACGCCCAUUACAAACCAUAAAUGUUAUUCGUGCCGAUUGGGAUGUGUGUGCCCAUUGUUAAGAAGUUGUGCUCAAACUUGUGACAUUAACAUUAACUUGUGUUACGCUUUGCGAAGUUCUUAUUACCCGAUGAUGAUGAGCCUACGCAAAGCCAGGAAUGAGAUUGUAUUUGAACAAAAGCAACAAACCCCGGAGCAUUACUUUGAAGAAGUUGCGCCGAAGGAUUUAGCUUGGUAGUGGAACACGUGGUAAGGCUAACGAUUGUAAAAAGCAAUGAAUGAAAAAGGGUAAAGCUAGUAAAGGUAACGUGGUGUUGUGUGUUUGAAUGUUGGCGGAAAGCGUGAUUCAACGGACGCGCGCGUAACACACAAACAUUAAUUUUUAAGUAGAUAAUUCGGUUUUUCGCCUCUUUCGUUUAGGUAUUGUUUGCUCCUCGUACAUUAGUUUGAAGCUUAACUUAAAUUAAUAUUUAUAAACACGACGUAACGAAAGACAAAGCUCGAACGGAGUGCAGUGCGGCUGCCCAGGACGGAACAACAAACACGGAAGUGGCAGCGCACGGACGUGAAUAUCAAUAAUCAUAAAGCAACGAGGAUCAAUUUCGAACACUACGCGUAGCAAAACAGUGAUGAGAACACAACCCAAAUGCCAAGGUAGUAGUACCAAACGCAGGGACACAGGUUUUGUUGGGUUGGGUUGGGUUGUGCUUGCGCACGCGUGUGUGUGGUGUGUCCAGUGAAAGGUUUCCUGCGGUGUGCGCACUUGGAGGUUAGAUGAGGCGUUAAGGAACCAUAUUUAGUAGACAUCGGAAUUGUCGGCAUUUUGGCAACUGCCACAAAACACGGUUCGUUUUCUAUAAUUGUUUUAUUUGUGUAAUGGGUGGUGUUUAUUCUACGUUUUCAAAACAAGUAAAGCCAACCACUUAUCGUACCAUAAUACGUUUUUCAAAUACUACGAGAUAAGGUUGAAUGAUUUGUAUAAAAAAAUUGAAAUAAUAAAAUUACGACAAUGUAGACAUUUUGUUAAGGUCCUGUUCCUCCCCCUCCCCCCUCUUCCCUCCCCCCUCUUUCUCACCCCAAUCGAACUGUUGUAAUCAGAGGCCAAUAACGGCCCAGCAGUUAUGUAUUCCUGUCCCUGUCCCCGUUUGCUCAUAGGAGAAUUCGUUUCGUUGAAUCCCCCCCCAUUGCUCAUAGUGUAACUUCGAUUGGAUCACGGGGAUCACGGCGAUGGGAUAAGAUCAAACAAAACGAUUAAUGCCGGGAGAGAUUCACCAGUGGAAAAUGGCACACCCCCCCGGCGAGGGGGGGGGGCGUCUGCUUCACGCAAACAGAUCUCUCCAUAUAAGAAUAAAGGGAAAAGGUUAAGUGAAUUAACAAAUCAGUAAACACAGUAAUAUCAGUAUGCAUUGGCGCUGUAGAUGCAUUGUACAGAGAGGCACACCAUCAGCGCGUAACGAGAUAAAGCGCCAGCAGGCAGAUAAACGACACGCAAGACACAGGACGACAUGUUUAAAAAGAAAUUGAUGAAAAAAUAAUCUAUCAAGCUACAAUAAAAAGCAGAUGAUUUUUAUUGAAUA